GGUGCCGCGGCCCCGCCAGCAGGUGUCGCCCUCCCGGCGGACGCACACAAGAUGGCGGCGGCGGCGGCGGGCGGCGGCGGUGGGGGGACUCUUUGACGGCGCCGCCAUGUUGGUGAGGGCAAUAACGGCGCCCGGGCUGCGCCGGUGGUGCCGGGGCCGGCGGGGCGCGGCCGCCGCUUGUUUCCCGCUGGGCCGGGCGCUGCUGGGCGUGAGGGGCGCCGAGGCCGCCGCCUUCCUGCAGGGGCUGCUCACCAAUGACGUCACGCAGCUGGUGGCGGAGGGCGAGCCCCCCCCCUCGCUCUACGCGCACGCGCUGAACGUGCAGGGCCGCUGCCUCUAUGACGUCAUCCUGUACAGGCUCCACAGGAGUGCAGCAGAGGAGCCUCACAUCCUGCUGGAGUGCGACAGCAGCGUCCUGGACUCCAUCCAGAAACACCUGAAACUCUACAAGAUCCGCAGGAAAGUCACCAUCACCCCCUGCCCCGACCUCUCCCUGUGGGCUGUCAUCCCUGGGGAACAGCCUGGGGACACCAGCUCCCUCCCAAAAUGUGCAGACCAGGCUCUGCUCCUAACCCCUGACCCCAGGGCAGAAGUCAUGGGCUGGAGACUGAUUGCAAAGAAAGGAGCAAAUCUGUCUGAGAUUAUCCCUGGCAGCCAAGUUGGAGACGUUCAGGAUUACCACAGGCACAGGUAUAAACAAGGAAUCCCUGAAGGGGUGAAGGAUCUCCCCCCUGGAGUCGCCCUCCCCCUGGAAUCCAACCUGGCCUUCAUGAACGGCAUCAGCUUCACCAAGGGCUGCUACAUCGGGCAGGAGCUGACGGCCAGGACCCACCACAUGGGCGUGAUCCGCAAGCGCCUGCUGCCCGUCAGCUUCCCGGGGCCCCUUCCCGCUGCUGGCAUCCCUGAGGGUGCCGAGAUCCUCACCCAGGCAGGGAAACGUGCUGGAAGGUUCCGUGCUGGAGGAGGAGAGCUGGGCAUAGCCCUGCUGAGGCUGGCUCACCUCCACGAGCCGCUCUGCAUCCAGCUGCCAGGGGACAGGGUGGAGCUCAGAGCCACCACGCCCCAGUGGUGGCCCAAAGCUGCUGCUAAGUAGGGGAGGGAGCAGCUUAGGGACAGGUUGGGUUGGGAAUCUGGGAAUGCUGCUGUUUGGUGGGGAAGUCUUGCAGGAUUCCUCACAGCAAGAAGCCAAAGCUGUGGCAGAUCACUGGGUUGGAUCUGCCACGGAGAGAAAAAUCCAGGGUCUGGAUUUUGCAGAUUUGGAUUGCAGGAUUUGGAUUUUGCAGCUUUUCCUGAGGGUAAUCCCCACUUUUUUAGGGGGGCCAUGAGUUGUUGGGACCCUAUGUAUUUAGGGGGUGCCCUGUGUUGUUGGGUUGGACUCUGGACGGAUCUCCCGGCUGACACUCACUCCCUCAGACUGUGCUCUCCCAAGCAAUGGGAUCAGGAGUUUCCCUGUUCCAUGCACUGAUUUUUUCAGUUCAGAAUAACCAUUCUGAGGCAUUAUAAUUCUAUUCUAUAAUUCUAAUUUUUUUUUGAGUGGAGAUCAUGCUGCUCUUAUUAAGAUGUAUUCUCAGGCUGACGUUUUUUGCUGCAAAUUGCUCCUUGCAUUGAGAUUCUUCCACUUGCUGAUGGGGCUGGUGUUUCUUCCCACCACAGGAACUGUGUUCAGCAAGGGUGCUUCACGAGUCAGACCUUGGUUUUAACUCACCCCAGCUGGCUAAGAAAGGUCUCAAACCUCCUGUCCUGCCCCCUGCUUUGGUGCCAGUGGAGGGAGCAGAGCCAGUUCCUCUGAUUCCCUUCUCUCAAACCAUUUUUUUGGGAGAGCAGAGGGAUAUUUUCAAUGCCACUGUGCUGGCUCAGCCUCGCCUUGCUGCGGGAGGAUUUUCACCGUGUUCUGGCUCUUUCUGUGCCACUCACCCUGUCCCUGCUGCCACCUGCAGCUCGGGUUUUCUCCAUCCACCACGCCCAGGGUUUUCAGAGCAGCCCAAUGCCUGGGCAUUUCUUUGCUUCAGUUUUUCUGGCUGCCAACACUCCCCUGCUUCUCCAAUUUUUCUUCUUGCUGCAACGUAUUCCUCUCUUUUUCCAAAGCCAACGAGCUCUGUGCCUCCUGACCCUGUCAACCUGCAGUGAUUUAUAGGAACCCUUUUUAUUUUUGUAUUGUAAUCAAUCCAUUACACGAUGAGAGAGCUGCCCAGGUGAGAUCCCACAUUGUCCAAAACAAAACCAAAACAGCCUUUGCAUGAAUAUUUGUAACAAAACCCGUCCAAAAUAAUAUUCUGCCUCUGUUUCAGUGUUACUGUGAAAGGAAUUUGUCUGUACAAAAAUGCUUAUAUUGAUUAAAAUUCUAUGGUUGCUGUAAAA